CCUACAGACAGUGAGUCACGUGGCGGUGGCUUGCUUUAUAAAGCAGGCAGACGGGCAUCCAGCUUAACUAUUCGAUUUAACGUUAGAAUGGGUAAAAAGAGAGAUCUAAGGGAUUUUGAGCGUGGUAUGAUCGUCGGUUCCAGGCGCGCAGGAUCCAGUAUAUCACAAACAGCCGCACUCUUGGGCUUUUCACGCACGGCAGUGUCUGUGGUUUACCGAGAAUGGCGCGACAAACAAAAAACAUCCAGUCAGCGACAGUCCAGUGGGCGUAAACAGCUCGUUGAUAAGAGGGGUCGAAUGAGAUUGGAAAGAAUCGUGCAAACUAACAGGCGGGCUACAAUUAGACAAAUAACGGCGCAGUACAACAGUGGUGUGCAGAACUGCAUCUCUGAAUGCACAACUCGCCGAUCGUUGUCACGGAUGGGCUACAGCAGCAGACGGCGGGCAAACGAAGAGUGGAAAAACACCGCCUGUGUAGAUAAGGUACGGGAACUUGUCCUGGACAACAGCAGAUCAAAUGAAGGGAAAAUCGAAGGCCUCACAGAAGAAUUUGUCAAUCUGGAAUUCCUCAGUUUGAUAAAUGUUGGCUUAUUCUCAGUUUCCAACCUUCCCAGACUUGAGAAACUCAAAAAGAAAAAGGCACCACAGCAAGUGUUUAUCGCACAGUCCCUGCUAAAGCUGUAUAGGAGCACACCUUGUUUGGAACUCGGUGACAACAGAAUCUCUGAUGGCCUUGACGUGCUAGCAGAGAAACUCCCCAACCUCACACAUCUAAAUCUUAGCGGGAACAAACUGAAAGACAUCAGCACGUUGGAACCUUUGAAAAAGCUGGGCAGCCUGAAGUGUCUGGACUUGUUCAAUUGUGAGGUGACCAACCUGAACGACUACAGGGAGAGUGUGUUCAAGCUGCUCCCUCAGCUCACCUACCUGGAUGGGUACGACGUGAAGGACCGAGAGGCAUCUGACGUGGAUGGGGUGGACGACGACGAUGAGGGAGUGAAGGAUGAGGAUGGAGAGGAGGAAGACUUUGACGAGGAGGAUGAUGAAGUUAGCAGCGACGAAGAGGAAGAAGACCUUAGUAUUGAUGAUGAGGACGACAAUGAUGAUGAAGUUGAGGCUGUCCAAGGAGAGAAGAUGAAGCAAGAGCCUAACGACAAUGAUUAUGAGCAAAAAAAGAAAGCCAAUCAACUUACCAACCCCUUCCCUCUCCACCCUGACACCCACCCACACCCUCCCUACUCCACGUCUCUCCCCCAGCUUUGAGCCCCCGUGUGGGGAAAGACUGUACCGGACAGGUGGUUCAAGUGGAGCUGCCUCCGCCCCAUGGAACCGAGAGCCAUCCUCAAGGAGCGCACCACUCCGCAUUCCACUUUUUCACUGUCAACUCCCCCUUUAUGUAU